AUUACUUUUCCCAACGUGCAUUUGCACUGGCAGUGGUAGAGCCCUUUCAAGCCUUGGUAGGGCGCGCUGUUUACUAAUUCAAAGUUACAUCCGCUCACCAUUGAUCAGCAAUUUGAUUCAACUUAUUUGCCGGAGAGAAGCACCAGAUGCUUAAGGUGCAAUUUGUUGCUAGAGGGGAGUGUUGCGUGACAUCCAAGCAAGGAAAGUGCGCGAGGCCCUUUAGGCCAGCAUGAGUCAAACAGCAUUUGCUCGCGUUCAGUGCCCCAGACUCGAGAACAUCGGCUGCAGUGAACGCUUGACUAGUCGAGCACAUACAGGCUCCCAACCUCUUUUUCAGGAGGUUUUCCGGAUUGAUAAACCUCCUCAUCCACUUGGAAGCGCGCACACCAUACUUGGGAGCUCCAAUUCUAAGAUCUGUUGGAGAAGCAAUAACACUAGGACAAUGCAAGCUGCAAACAAGAAGCAUGGGGUUGUGGUUCGUGCAGUUGCGGCCGCAGAGGUGGCCGCAGACUCGGUGGAUCAGUCCAUUGCGCCGAGGGUUGCUGCAUUGAAGGUGUCGAAGACAAUGGCGCUUACAGACGCGGCGAAUGCAAUGAAAGAGGCCGGGAUUCCAGUGAUUGGUUUGGCUGCAGGAGAGCCGGACUUCGACACCCCUGAACCAAUCGCUGAGGCAGGCAUCAGAGCCAUCAGGGAAGGCUGCACGCACUACAGCCCCAACACAGGGACAGCUGCCAUCAGGAAUGCCAUCUGUAAGAAAUUUAAAGAGGAAAACGGGUUGACCUACGCUGCGGAUGAGAUCGUCGUCAGCAACGGCGCCAAGCAGUCCAUCGUCCAAGCGGUCCUGGCUACGUGCUCUCCAGGUGACGAGGUGGUCAUCCCCGCCCCCUACUGGGUCAGCUACCCCGAAAUGGCCAAGCUGGCCGACGCCCGGGGCGUCAUUCUCCCGACCAGCAUCUCCGAGGGUUACCUGCUAACCCCCGAGCAGUUAGAAGCCGCCCUAACCCCCCAGUCCCGGCUUCUCAUCCUCUGCUCGCCGUCUAACCCCACGGGAGCCGUCUACAGCCGGGAGCGGCUCGAGGCGCUCGCGAAGGUGGUCGCCAAGCACCCGCGAUUACUGGUGUUGUCGGACGAGAUCUAUGAGCACAUCAUCUACCCGCCCGCCGAGCACGUCAGCUUCGCGGGCCUCCCGGGAAUGUUCGAGCGCACAUUGACCGUGAACGGCUUCAGCAAGGCGUUCGCCAUGACCGGCUGGCGCCUGGGCUACCUAGCAGCGCCCAAACGCUUCGCUGUUGCUUGCGGACGGAUACAAAGCCAGACGACGUCUGGCGCCAGUAGUAUCGCACAAGAGGCGGGGGUUGCUGCGCUGGCACUCGGGAAAGGGGGCGGGGAGCCCGUGGCCCAGAUGGUGGCAGCGUUCCGGGAACGGCGAGAUUACGUUAGCAUGCGGCUGCUCCGGAUGAACGGCAUCCGACUGGCGGAACCGCAGGGAGCUUUCUACCUCUUCCCGGACGUGACGGCUCUCUUCGGCGCCCAAGCGGACGGCUUCGGACAGAUCGUCGACGCGGACUCGCUGUGUCAAUAUCUGCUGAAAGAGGCACAGGUAGCGCUCGUACCUGGCGAUGCGUUUGGAGGGCCAGAGUCCAUUAGAAUCAGCUACGCAGCUAGUCUUUCCGUCUUGGAGGAAGCUUUGGAUAGAUUAGAGGUAGCCCUUGAGAAGUUGCAAACCCCCUGACCCUGCUCGGGUGAAAUUGUUUUUGCUCGUAACAUUGUGUGUGGCACGACAAUGAUGCUAAACCCAAAGAUUGAUUAUGAAGAGGACGAGCGAGGAUUGAAGACAGUUCAAAUGCUAGAGCGGAUGUCGACCAAGCUAGGGCGCAUGCGGUCAUUAAAUGCACCAUCCAAGUGAAGGUCGAGGGUGGCAUUUUUUGACACCUUAUUAUCAUCUCGAGUACGCCCGGUAAUGAUACAUUUUAUUCGUUCCCUGAUUGGUCGAAACCCUUUACCAUUGACUUCGUUGACCACGAAGUCACUUGAAUCAAAGCGCAC